AAGUUCAUCAGAUUUUGUCAGGCUUUUAGCUUAAAGCUUAUAGUAGAGGACCAUGGCAACUGGAGGACAAAAAUCAGUAGCCUCCAUCCUCUUGGUACUGAACCUAGUUUUGUACUUCAUUGUCACAGCAAUUGCUUCCUGGGCAAUGAACCACGGCAUUCAAAGAUCUCGUGAAACAGCCUCAAAUCUGUCGCCUCCAGUUCAGUUAUUUCCAAUAUAUUUCCCAAUGGGGAAUGCAGCAACUGGGGUGUUCAUACUCUUCUCUCUGAUUGCUGGUGUGGUGGGAUUCACCACCUCACUGACAGGAUUGCAGAAUGUUUCCAGUUGGAGGGUCCCUAGCUUAUAUGCAGCAGCCACUUCUUCACUCACAUCUUGGGCUCUCACUUUACUUGCCAUGGGAUUGGCUUGUAAAGAGAUUGAACUUGGCUGGACUGACUCAAACCUGCGCACUCUGGAGAUUAUCACAAUAGUUGUGAGUGGAACACAAAUGUUGUGCACUGGUGUGAUCCAUGCAGGGGUUUCUGGCUGAUUCUAAUUAUAAGCUAUACAGAAUGAUGAUGGCAUAGCAAGUCCUGCAAGAUAUUCCACAAUAUCAAUCACAGUUGUUUACACCUUUUCUUUUGUUCUUUUAUUUUAUGUCUGAGAGACAGUAACUAUACAUGGAUUGUUAAAAUUGUAAUUUGUUUGUGUGCA